AAUGAAUAGCCAGACCCAACCAACGCCUUGUUUAGAGGGCAGCAGAGGCUAGGGCAGCAGAGGCUGGGUCAGUAUCGGCCCCAGGCGCAGCCCGGCCAAGCCGCUUCCGGUUUCCCUUUCGUUUUCGUUUGCAGCGAGGAUCGAUCCCAAGCGGCGCGAUUCCGGUCGGUGAGAUCCGGGGCGUCUCGUUGGUUCCAGUUGUCGAGGCGGAACAGCACCAAGCUGCGUGGGCGCAGGCCCGAGGCACGCCCGGGCAUUGGCCGCUGCUGAGUGAGCGGAGGUGGCGCCGAGGCGACGGCUGGAUCAGUCAGGGGAGCGGCAGGCCCCAGGCCGGUCUCCGUCUGAGUUUUAUUGGCUGCAAAAGAGAAGUUGGUAGCGUCAGGAGGAAUAAGAUCACACCACGAGAAUAUCCCUUGAGAGAAUAUUAGCUUCUGAGAAGCCGUCGGGAAGCUUGCUCCACUUUCUGCAAUGUUUAAUCAACGUGAUAAGGAGAUCAGAAGACAGGCCAUGGGAAUAGCUGCUGAACUAUCCCAAGAGGAAAGUGCUAUCAUUGUGUUUUUGUGCACGGAUUUUGUCAAAGGCUACUCGGUAAUCGGGGAAGUGAAAGAACUGUUUGAGAUUCUGAGCAAGCAGAACCUGCUGAAGCUCGACCUUCUAACUGAGCUGCUUUUUCGGAUAAGGAGACUUGAUAUCCUGAGAAAAAUGAAGGUAGACACGAUCAGUUUGGAGAAUAAUUUGAGAGCUGGUAAAGGAUACGUGACUUCAUACAGGCAGCUGCUGGUGGACAUCAGUGAAAACCUCUCGCAAGAAGAUUUGAGAUCUGUCUUAUUUUUAUUGAGUUGUCAAAUUCCAAAAGGCCGCCUGGAAACAGUGAAGACUUUCUUAGAUUUAGUUGUUGAACUGGAGAAAUGUGGCAAAAUUGAUGAGAAUAAUUUGGCUGUGGUGGAAGAUUGCCUGACCAGUAUUCGGAGAAUCGAUCUGAUGAAGAAAAUCUCAAAAUACAAGCAAAUGGGUGAAUGUGUUCAUUCUGCAAGAAGAUCUGAUGCCUAUCAGAACGUUAUUCCCGUUUCUAUUCCCCGGCAGGAGUGUGGAUUUGGUCCGGAGCACAUUGAACAAAAUUGGGUGAUAAGCAGUGUGCAGCCUGUGAUUACAAACCAGUUAUUGAGACAGCAUGUUCACUCAAAUUGCCCAGGGGUAUCAGUGGCCGUGUCUGAAGAGCACAGAGAGACAACACUGAGCAGUCCCAUGCCCGAGUCAGCUCAGGCCACUGCUCCAGGAACAAGCUGCGCCGUACAGCAGAAUAUACUGGGGACUUACAAGAUGCAGAGUAACUCCACUGGCCUUUGUUUAAUCAUUGAUUGUAUUGGAACCGAUGCAGAUCUGUUGAAGAAGACAUUUGAGGCCCUGCAUUUCCAUGUCCUCCUCCACCUCUAUGUCGAGCUGAACGAGAUGGAAAAGAUUUUGAAGGAAACAUCAGAACGGGAUGACCUGGCCACUUUUGACUGCUUUGUUUGUUGCAUUGUCAGCCGUGGGACACGGGAUUGCAUCCUUGCGGUUGAUGGGACUAGCCCUGGACUUUACUUUGAGCAAAUCCAGCGCUAUUUCAAAGGGCAGCAGUGCCGCCCCCUUCUGGGCAAACCCAGGCUCUUCUUUGUUCAGGACUUCCUCAUGGCUACGGCAGACAGCGAAUUGGAGAUAGCUGGUGCCCAGAGUAAUGGAGACCCAAUUCAAGUUGAUGGCAAUGACUGGGAGGAAAUAGUUCCUCAGGAAGCAGAUAUUCUGUGGUGUUGCUGCCAGGUCUCUCAGAGCCUGCUUCACCAGGCACCUCAACAACCAUCCUCCUUCAUGUGCACUCUGUCAAAGUAUCUGCGAAAAUAUCAACACAAAUCGGAUUUGAUUUCGAUACUAACAGAAGUGAAUAGGAAGACGAUGUUCAGAAAUGAGCAACUGAGCCAACUGCAGCCCACGCCUCUCAUCCUGCGACACACCCUGAGGAAGAAGCUCAUCUUUCCCUGACUGCCAUCACAAAUCCACGCAUCACUCUGUACUCUGCGUUAGGAAGUAGAUGAAGCACUCAUGACCGGUGAUGAAAACCUGUUGACAGUCCGUUAGCAGAUCAGUCUUUCCAACUUGUCUUGAAGCAGUGAUACCUAGGUAUUUAGUUCAAGAGGGGUGAGGCACGUCCUCAUGUUGGGGAGAGGUACUGGUGUCACUGUGGGCUCUCAGCCAAAUAAGAGUGGUCCCAGCCAGUGAGGUAUGCACGAGAGUGAAGGGGCACCUAGACCAUCAUGAAGAUCUGAAUUGCUAGGGGAGGGGAUCUAGGUGGAGGAAGUGGGCUUAGGCUCAGAGGCUGGCACAGUGGAGCACCUGGUAGAGCUCUGGUGCUGUCUCAUGUGGCAUUUGCACAUUCUCCCUUUGACCAGGUGGGUUUCCUCCCACAUCCCAAAGAUGUGUGGGUUGGUAGGUUGAUAAGCCACUCUGAAUUGCUCCUAGUGUGUACGUGAGUGGUAGAAUCUGGCAGGGAGUUGAUGAGUAUGUGGGUGGACGUUAUAAGGAAAAUAUUGGGAAAAUGAUGCACGGAAGGUUAUAGGAAAAAUUAGUGUGGGAAUGGGAAUGUGCUGUGAACCAGAAUAGACUCAGUGGAUUGAAUGGCUGCCUCCUAUGUCAUAAGGUCAUCCUAUGCACACCUUUAAUUUUUGCUACAUCAUAAACUUAAUGCUUUCUUCUCAAUCAACAUUUGAAUAAAAUCUCUUAUCAUUUGUCUUU